GUCUACAUGCGUCUACCACGAAACGUGUUCUAGAUAUGGCGUAGUAAGGAUGGCUUCGAGUGCGAUGUUUGUUGAUGUAUGCAGCUCUGCGAGAGUUCUUUCCCUCGAGCGGUAACUGCCAAGACUCGGCUACCUUCCUUCUUUGGAUUGAAAACCGGGGAUGCUCACCAGAAAUGGCUGAAGCCAUGAGCAACGACUCGAAACACGAUUCCGAUUGGGACCCAAAGGCGGGCCUCUCGAGUCCAACAUUACCGGACAAGUUUUGCUUCUCGCGGACGUCAUCGACGGGGUCCAUAGACAAUAUCCUGACGUCGUCUUCGGCCCACAACACAGAUGACGAGGACAGUGACCACAAGUCCACCAUUAGCUACAAGGAACGCAGAAGGGAAGCCCACACACAGGCUGAGCAGAAACGUAGGGAUGCCAUCAAAAAGGGUUACGAUGACCUACAGAUGCUCGUGCCUACAUGCCAACAAGACAGCACAAACUCAUUCAAGAUGAGCAAGGCGACAGUGCUUCAGAAAUCCAUAGAUUACAUCACGUUUCUGCUACAACAGAAAAAAAAGCACGAAGAAGAACUUACAGCACUAAGGAAAGAAGUUGUUGCUCUGCAGAUUAUGAAAGUUAACUAUGAGCAAAUCGUCAAAGUUCACCAAAGUCAACCCGGUCAAAACAACAAUCAUAUCAGUGAUGAAGUCAAGUUUCAAGUGUUCCAGGCAAUUGGAGACUCCCUGUUCCAGACGUUCAACUCGUCAAUAUCAGUUUCCAAUUUUGCUGAACUGUCAGCAUGUGUGUUCAGCUGGCUCGAAGAGUACUGCAAGCCCCAAACACUCAAGGAUGUGGUGGUUCAGAUACUGUCACAGCUGAACCAGACAAUGGGGUCUCAGCAUUCUUAGCAUUUGUUGUCUUCAUGGAGUUGGCUUGUCAUAUGGCAUACUUAGAAUCAUUGCAACUUCUGCUUGGAAACCUUAGAGAGUAAAGGUUGGGGCUUUGAAAAACAAAUUUCUUUUUUGAUGCUGUGGAUCAUAUGGUUUUAGUGUAAAACAGUGCUUUGGUCCACAGUGAUUUGAACCACUCUUUUCACACUUAGCAUACAAGUACCCCUUUGUUUUGAACCAGGGGAGCUGCUUAACUGAUAUAGCGUGUGCAGUGGGAGCUUGCUUUAGCGUACUCGUAUAUGACAUAAAAGUAUGUUUGUUAUAUCUGAUACUCAAUAUAAGCUUACAUGCUAACAAUAAAAAAAAAAUGGUGCAGUCAAUUCUAUGUGAAAGAGACACCUGUACGUGAUGCCUGCAACAAGCAAGCAAAGGGCCUUCUGUUGAUUUUGAUGGCCUGUAAGCAGCUUUCCAUGCUGAAAUAGCUAUUGAGCACACAUUGAAAUAAAGCAUGGGCAACAAAGUUUCAGAUUUUCUUCGUUAUAUCUGAUAAAUCUUUAUAUUCGUAUACAGUAUUUUCUGGACUAUAGUUUUCACCCAAUAGGCUGUAUGAGCUAAUUUUGGCAUAAAAUAAAUUUUGUUAGAUAGUCCACAGCUGCUGUGUAGUUAACAGGGCUCAACUUCUUCUGAAGGUAGGUUUUUGAGCUUUUCUUCAACCAGUAAAUGGUAGGGGAGCCAAAAGUUACCAACCAGUAAAAAAUCAUGUCCUUUUUAAUAUUUAACUGAAUAUAGGAGUCACUUCUAAAAGGCUAUCGCAAUCUCUCAUGUUGGGGCUGCCAGAACGCAAGUCAAGUAUUUCGGCUUGAUGAACGGCUCUUAAGUGUCUUCAUUGCCUUCAGAAUGUUUAGUUCUUGCGCAUGCUCAGCUACACUGAGCUCCGACUAUGCCGUGAAAGUUAUUUUUGAUGGCAUCAUGACUGUUCCUGUCUCUUGAGCAUGUAUAGUUGCAUAUAAAUGCAUUGCAUAUUUUGCAAUGAGGUUUUGUGCAUGCACUCCCAAAUCAAAGUAUUGAAAACUAGCUACUUUAAGUGUCUCGAGCAGCAUUCAAUUACAUUGCAUGAGCUGCCGGUACAAGUUGGAAACAUUGGUCAUGGAUAGCGACGAUCAUUGCUGAGCUCAUCUUGCUAUGUGAUUUAUCCUGGGAAAAAUCUACUGGGCCAGUAUGGCCUCGUUUUCCUCAAGUGCACUUCCGAUCUUAAGAAAUAAAAUUGUGUAUAGUCUGCACCCGUAGUCAGUCUGCACCCCAGGAAAUUUCAACUUUUAAACUUGUAUAGUCUGGAAGAUACAGUAAUUUAGGUUGAGGUUUUUCUGUACUGCCAGUUAAUGCAUUGUAAUGCAAACGAUUAAAUGUGUGUUUGCAUUCUAUGCAUGCCUUAAUUAACUGCACUCCACCAUGAAUUGUUACAAGAUUUCAUUUCCCUACGAGAAGUUUAAAUACAUAUAUCCUGAGGCAAGUUUUCGGGGGCACAGUCAUCACAGCAAUAUCGCAGCAACUUGGGGCUUGUAUAUCUUGGCAAGCAAGAUGUAUGCAGGAUAGUGUGCUUCUGUUGUUUCUGUUGGUGAAUCCUGGAAUGGCGCAUUCUUGCCAGUGUAAUCAUGCAAAAUUGUGCAUGAAUGCUGUUAUGACAAGCCAGCUUAACUCAUGGGUGUGAGCGAAAAAAAUAUUCAGGGUGUAUUUACAAAGCAGGGAUAUAAAAACACUUCCGAGCAGCUCCACUUGCAGAGCUCUUUAUUAUGGUGAUGUGAAAGAAAUACAUAUGGCACAUUCUGCUUCUUUUAUGACUUUAGCUUGCCCACGUUGGCAAAGUGUUUUAAGUAUAAUAUGAAUAUGUCAUUGAUUUACAAUUUCAAUGUACUGAUAUAUGAUUGUUUCUUGUACUAUAAAUAUACAUUUGUUGGAAGGUAGGCAUACUCGUGAUCUCGUGGUAAUGAAUUUGUUACUGUUGCUAUGAAGCUAUGGAAAUUUUUAUAUCUACUGUUUUCAUACAUCACGUGGAGAUUUGAAGUUUGAAUUUCGAAAGAGGGAAAUCAGUAUUAAUGAUUUGCCUGUAUCACCAUGGCUUUAAGAGUUAGGUAAAAAUUUUAAAAAACCUUUCAAUAUUUUUUAGCACAUUUGGGCACAUUCCUUCUUUUCCUGGUAUGUUUGAUUUGUGCUCACUCGGCCUGCACUUUGAAUGUCAUGUCUACCGUAUUUCAUGUGCAUUUUGUCAUGUUCAGGACACACAACAUUGCUGUGAUCCUAUCUUUGCAUGAACAAGCGCACAUUAUACAUGGGUGCUCUACAGAGCACAGUGCCCAUGCGAUGCCGUGUAUUAAAGUACAAAUUGCUCCUUG